AUGAACCGGAAAGACGAACGCCUCACUAACAUCACGCAGGCCAUUGUCAAUCUCAUUGAGUCUUAUGAGGUCCUCUGCACUCGUACGGACGUCCACCGUAUUCAUCCAACGCGUCAUGUGAAUAUCACUAUCAACAGUUGCUACUCACUGACCGUUGCAGCUCAUGAGUACGAAUUAGAUGCACUCUACUGUCAGUUGAAAGGGGCUAUCCGCAAUUAUAAAGCCUAUUAUAAAUUCGCUUUUGGAGACAUCAACGCCGCAAAAGGAAGGCCAACGGAAUCGAAUAUCGGGUCGGAAAACUUGGAUUGUUGA